AUGCAGGAGGGCGAGGCGGAGGCCACGACCGGCAAGCGUGGCAGAGGCGGGAAGGCUACCGGCGGGCGCGAGGCCAAGAGGGAGCUGGCCGAGAAGACCGAGGAGGUGCGCAAACUGAGGGAGGCGCUGCGGAAAGAAGGGCUGGAGGUGACCAAGUACAGGGGCCAGGUCCAGCGGCUGUCACGAGAGAACACGCUUCUACGGACGGCGCUUGCUCACGAUGACCGUGAUCCGCAGCUCAUGAUCUCCUUUCUCAACCAGGAGCUCGCCGAUCGCGAGGCGACGCUGUCGGCGACGCAGUCAAAGCUGUCGGCGUCGGCGUCGGCGUUUGAGGCCGAGCUUGCCGCGGUGGCCCACAAGUACGAGGCCCGCAUUCUCGAGCUCGAGUCCGAGCUCGACUCGGCCCACUACGAGUACGAACGCCUGGAGGUCGAGACCAUCGAGCUUCGCGAGUUCAAGGCCUCCAAAGACUUUAUUCUAGAGGAGCUGGACUCGCUGCAGGCCGAGCUCCACGCCUCGCGCAUGGCCAACAUCGAGUCGCUCGCCGACCAGGAGGCCUCGCUUAAUGCCCAGGUCGAGCAAGCUGCCCAGCUCUACCAGGAUCGCCUCGAGCACCUCGAGCAGAGGGCAAAGCAGGCGACGCUCGAGGUCAUCUCGCGCGAGACCCGCCAGAUCGUCCGCGACAACCGGCGCAUGGCCAACGAGCUCAAGCUCCUCUACGGCGUACUCGACGACACCGGCGCUCGCCUCAAGCGCGCCCUCGCUCGUGAGUCUUCCCUCCGCAACGACUACGACGAGCUUCUGCGCCAUCUACGUGCUCGCGGCUUGCCACUGCCGGCACGCAGAGCCCCAUCGCCCGAGGCGGAGCCGCCGGCCGCAGACCUCCCCCACCAGGGCGAAGGCUCCAACACGGUCGGCGACUCACUUAUUCUUCCCGAGGUUCAGCGCAUCAUCGACCAGGUCGAGGCCCAGGCUAGCACCGUGCUCGCCGAUCUCGGCCUCGAGUCAACUCCCGAGUAAAGGUAGGAGG